UUGUCCUCUGUGUUUGUGUGUUGGCUGGGAUCUCAUCUCCUUCACUCCUGUGUUCUCAGGUCCCAUCUCUUCCAAUUUCCCUCCCCCCAUCGAAGUUGACCUUUCAUUCCACCAUUUCGAAUCCCAAGACUCAGGUCUGGUAACUAUCGAGGUUAUUGGGUGUAGAAGGGAACUAUGGCAGCUUCAGAGGAGAAUAGUGCACUGUUCCCAAUAUUCAUUUUGACAAUAAUGGCCAUUCCUAUAGUGCCAUACACAAUAACAAAGUUGUGCCGAGCUGCCUCUAAGAAAUCAAAGAGCAUACACUGUCAGUGCUCUGAAUGCUCGCGGUCGGGCAAGUACCAUAAAUCAAUAUUCAAGAGGAUUUCGAAUGUGUCAACCUGUAGUAAUAUGACAUUAUUACUGCUUUGGGUGAUUAUGAUUAUUCUGGUUUAUUACAUAAAGACCAUGAGCCGUGAGAUCGAAGUUUUCGACCCAUUUAGUAUUCUAGGGUUAGAGCCUGGAGCGGCAGAGUCUGAAAUAAAGAAAAAGUAUAGGAGACUUUCAAUUCAAUACCAUCCAGAUAAAAAUCCGGAUCCAGAGGCACACAAGUACUUUGUUGAGUACAUUGCCAAGGCUUAUCAAGCUCUUACAGAUCCAAUAGCUCGUGAAAAUUAUGAAAAAUAUGGCCAUCCUGAUGGCCGACAGGGAUUUCAAAUGGGUAUAGCUCUUCCACAAUUCCUGCUAAAUAUUGAUGGGGCAUCUGGGGGAAUACUUCUGCUUUGGAUUGUUGGUGUGUGCAUUCUCUUGCCACUGGUUAUUGCUGUUGUUUAUCUCUCCAGAUCGUCAAAGUAUACUGGCAACUAUGUGAUGCAUCAAACACUUUCCACUUACUAUUACCUCAUGAAGCCUUCCUUGGCCCCCAGCAAAGUCAUGGAUGUUUUCAUCAAAGCUGCCGAAUAUAUGGAAAUUCCAGUUCGUAGGACUGAUGAUGAACCUCUUCAGAAGCUUUUGUUGUUGGUAAGAAGUGAGUUGAAUCUUGACCUCAAGAACAUCAAGCAGGAACAGGCUAAGUUUUGGAAGCAGCAUCCUGCUCUAGUUAAGACAGAGCUGUUAGUUCAAGCUCAGUUGACCCGUGAAUUUGCAUCCUUGUCUCCAUCUUUACAAAGUGAUUUUCGAAGAAUUUUAGAAACAGCACCUCGCCUUCUUGAAGAAUUAAUGAAGAUGGCAGUUAUACCCCGAAAUGCUCAGGGCCAUGGUUGGCUGAGGCCUGCAAUUGGUGUUGUUGAACUUUCUCAAUCUAUCAUCCAGGCUGUUCCUCUCAGCGCUAGAAAAUCUACUGGUGGAUCACCUGAAGGCAUUGCACCGUUUCUGCAGUUGCCACACGUUAGUGAGACUAUUAUUAAGAAGGUGGCCCGCAAGAAGGUGAGAACAUUUCAGGAACUUCAUGACAUGGACUCUCAGGAGCGAGCUGACCUGCUUAUUCAAACAGGUGGCUUAUCUUCUGCUGAAGUGCAAGACAUUGAGACUGUACUGGACAUGAUGCCUUCCUUGACACUUGAGGUAACUUGUGAGACCGAAGGUGAAGAGGGUAUACAAGAGGGUGACAUUGUGACAAUCCAUGCUUGGAUAAAUGUUAAAAGGGGAAAUGGCCUGAUUGGUGCUCUUCCACACGCCCCAUACUACCCAUUUCAGAAAGAAGAAAAUUACUGGUUUUUGCUUGCAGAUUCUAUUUCAAAUAAUGUAUGGUUUUCUCAGAAGGUUAGUUUCAUGGAUGAAGCUGCUGCUCUAACUGCUGCAUCUAAGGCAAUUGAAGAAUCUAUGGAGGGGUCAGGAGCAAAUGUGAAGGAGACAAGUAGGGCAGUUGCAGAAGCAGUUGAGAAGGUGAAAGGGGGCUCUAGAUUGGUAUUGGGCAAGUUUCAGGCCCCUUCAGAGGGUAACUACAGUUUGACUUGCUAUUGUUUGUGUGAUUCUUGGUUGGGCUGUGACAGAAGGACAAAUUUGAAGCUCAAAAUUUUGAAACGGACUCGGGCUGGCACCAGGGGUGCUGUUUUGGCCGAUGAAGGACCUAUCACGGAGGAUGGAGUUGAGGAGGAUGAGGACAAUGAGGAUGGAGAGUAUGAUGAUGACUAUGAGAGUGAGUACAGCGAAGAUGAAGAAGAUGAUCAAAACACAAAAAAUAAGCAUCAAGCUGCCAAUGGCACCGUUAAUAAACAUGGUCAAGGUGCAGAAAGUUCAGGCUCUGAUGAAGAAUGAUAAGUCUUUUCCUAACUCGAUAGAACCAUAAUUUUCUUCUUUUUUCCCUCUUGGAUGGUAGAACUAUAUCAACUGUAGAAGUUAUAGUCUGCAUUGUUCAUUUUGUUUAUCGGUUGGACUGCGUUGAUGCUUGGACUUCUGUCGUAUUUUAGUUCAGCUGAUAUCAUCGUGAUUAAAUUGUCAUAUCAUCUGAAAAUUUCGAGUAUGGUAAACCAGAGUAAGGAUAUAAUUUUGUUUUUACAAGUGUAAAACUUCUAUUAAAUGUUUUAUCGAGAAAUUUUGGUUGACAGUGUCUUAA